GUGUAUUUGUUUGUGGUGAACAACUUGUCGCAGUUUGUGGCCAUGUACUGCUUGGUGUUGUUCUACAAGGCCAUGAGGAGAGAACUCGACCCCAUGUCGCCUCUUGCAAAGUUCUUGUGUAUCAAAGCCGUUGUCUUCUUCUCCUUCUUUCAAGGUGUGGCCAUCAUGUUCCUUAUGAAAGCACAGUUCAUGCAUAACUUGUUUGGAAUAGUUGACGACAGUCCAGAGAGUGAAGCGAAGGAGAGGAAGACUGCUAGUAUCCUCCAGAAUUUCCUGAUCUGCAUAGAGAUGUUCAUUGCUGCUGUGGCGCACCAUUAUGCCUUCUCCUACAAACCUUACAUGGAUGAAGAGUAUGAGACUGGCAACUGCUGCCACACUUUCCUCCUUAUCUGGGACAUAUCUGACGUGCGUUCCGACAUCAGGGAGCAUGUUUAUGUCGUCAGUGAAGGCAUGAAGCGGCGCCUGACUUCACGAGGGGGGGGAUGGCCAGGGGGAGCCACUGCGGUCGGUGGAAGUAAUGGGGGAGACGAGCACACACGCCUUAUUGCCCCCCACGCCCACUCCGGCUCUCAGGGCACGCAUCGUUACAUGUCCACUUCGGACUCUGAGCACGACAUUGUCAUUGAACAGGGCGAGGGAUCAGACCCAGAAGACAUGAAAGCCAUAUGACACCCAACAGUCCCUCGGCCCGGCACUGUGGUAUAAAGCGGGUGAGGGUGUCACUUUGUGUCGGAGAAGCACUACGCCGCACACUCCUACACAGGUAGACAAGAACCAAGCUUGGUCUAGUGAGAAGUAUUCUGUGUGCGUGUGUCUGUGUAAGUCUGCUACACAGGCUUCAGAUUUUGUAUUCUAUUUUGUUAGUAUUUUUGCUAUUAUGGUUACAGUCUUUUAGAAGAGAGAGAGAGAUGAUUCUGGGGCUUCAUCUGAUGUGAAAGUGAAUUUGACUUCUGCUUAGAAAUGCAUGGAUUGGCAAUGAGAUUUUAUGCAACCAUUGCAUUUCCCUUCCCCCUCCCCCCCUCCCCUCUCAUUUUUAACUCCUUGUUUAGAAGUGGAAAUGUAGUUCAGUAGAUAAGAUAUCUGUAUGAAACUGAAGUGUUAAAACACCAAAGCUGUAUAUGUAUAUUAAAAGUGCCCAUGAUGUUAGCUUAAAAAGUAUCUCUUAUAAAUCUUAUUAUAUAUUUACCAGUAACUUGUAGCUAGUCAAAAAUGUAAUUUUGUAGCUAAUAAGGAAAAAUAACAAAUCACAUUUCACUCGUAGAACUAUUUCUUUUUUUAUAAGAAAAUGUAUUUAUUAUAUACAUUAAACCCACUUGCCUCCAGACAGAUGAUUUUGUUGUCAUAUUUUAUCUUAUAGACAAAUUACAGUGAGCAAGAGCCAGAAUUUUUCAAUGAUGAUAUUACCUCCAAAAGUUAUUUUAGGUUAAGGAUUGUGAUUCAAGAAAUAAGUGGAUGGGAACUAAAGUGAAAUCAGCAUAAUGUAAUGGGAGUUAUUGGAUAAUUGUUUAAUUAACAUGAGGAAUAAUGUAUUUUGUUUUGGCAAGAAUCCUGAAUCUACUUUCUCUAAACAAUAUAUGAUAUUUAUAUUGAUUCAGUAUCGCAACCCACAUUGAAUUAUUACAUGUCACACUUGACGAAAUAGGCAUUAGGCGGUGCAGAUGAAAAGCAAAAUACAGGACCAUAUAUCAAAAAAAAAAAAAAAAAAAAAAAAAAAAAAAAAAAAGUUCCUAGAUUAUUCAGACAUGUCUCACGUAUACGAGUUAAGGCGCAUAACAAAAUUUACAAUAUUAAAUGUACCACAGGUUUAUCCUUUUAUGUACAUGCUGAUUUGACAGUUGAUAUGAGCUGGAAUCAUUUAUCACUUCUCAUCAAGUUUUUAUUUUUGGUUACAACAGAUAUAUGUAAAAUGAAAAUCAAGGCUCUGCUUUCCUUGCUUUGAGCGUUGAUGGAUCGUCAAAGUAUUGUACUUAGUGUAUAAUGAAUAAUGUGAUGCCAAAGGCAGUGUUAAUCUUGGACUGUGAGAGUAUUUUACUUAAGUAAUUCCUAAUAUACAUAUAUAUAUAUAUCAGUAAUAUAAAGGCAACAUUGAGGUUACAAAUUAAUGAGGAAUAGCAAUUCUUAAGAAGGAAGGAUUCUUAAGAGGUAAUGAUUAAAGUUAAGGAACAUUAUUAUUUUUCCUUUCUUUUGUUUCUUUUUAUUCUAAUGUAUUUAUUUAUAUAUUUAUAGGUUUUAUUUAUCAUUGUAUGUCAAAAGUUUUUGUGUGUAGAUAUUUCACAAAACAUACACACAAAAAUGUGGAAAAGAAUGUUUUCAAAUAUUUGUAUUUGUAAGUAUCUGGUAACUUUUUCUAAAUUUGAAUUAAAACACAUAAAAAUAGAUUAUUGUAAUAGACCCUAAACACUUCUGUAAUUAUCACAGUUAAUUAAUGGUACCUGCAGAUAGGUUAAACGGUUUUAGGCAAAUAAUCAUCUUGCAUGAGUUAGCUUGGUGAUUUUUUUCCCCAUUUUAUGUUUUGUUGGACUCUUUUAUCAGCUGCUAAUAUAUAAGAGACAAUUACUUUAGUUUUAUUGCAUCAUAUACCAAACAACCCCAUUGUCACAUCUAAAAGAUUCAAGGUAAGAAGUAUUCUAUAGUGUUAAAGUUUUGGAUAGGAGUUGUCUGUUAUUUUUUACCUCAUGAAUUCAUUCAUCUUAAUUCACAAACAAGUUAACCUACUGUCUACUGUGAUUUUGUUUUACUAAUUUUGAUUGCAUGGACAUGACUCUACAAGGACAUAUUCAAGUCAGUUACUAAACCUGCCUGGCCUUACCCAUGUAUGCCAUUCCUUGAAUUUUGAGAAAGAAAGAUUGUAACUUUAUUACUAUUAUUACUAUUAAUGUUAUAAUGAUAAUGAUAAUUCAGAUGGUUAUAUUAAUAUAAAGAACGACUAUGAUUAGUACUAGAAAUAUAAACUAGGCAAUUAGAACUCAAGAAAUGGUUUGAACAGGUAAGAUUAUGUUGGCCUGGUAAUCAACUCCUAAGUGUUUUUGAUGUUAUCUCUAAGUACACAAGAUAAAACAAAACUACAGUGGACUUCCAUGUACCUAGCACCAGUGGGUUAACAUAUUGGUACCGGGUACAUGUACUGUCCACUGUAGUUUCAUGAAUUUCGUUUGCACACAGAAGGCUUUACAAUUGCUAAGCCAACAAAGAGUCAAUAUGUAGGUCUUAUGUAACCUCACUUUAUUUCCCUUUUCCUUGAGUUUUUGAGAAAAGUUUUUUUCUUAAUGCUAUUAAUGUCAGUGCUGUUAUUAUUAUUAUGGAUGUCAUGAUUAUGACAAUUCUAUUAAUAAUGCUAUUAGCAAUAAGCAAGUGGAGAGCCAUUUGUGUGUAAAAAAAAAGUUGGUAAAUUAAAAUCACAGUGGGCAUAGAAUAUAUGCCAGCCACCCAGGCAUCAGUGAGUUAAUUUAAUGUAUACAGUAGAGAUAUGCCAGUACCAAUACUGGUUUCAGUGCCCACUUUUCAACCAAUACUCCGAUAUCCUGAUAAUAACCAAUGGCUGAAGAUGCAUGGAUAACAGUAUCAAUACAAGAAUUUUGAUUUUUAUUAACAAUUUACCUGUGAUUAUUAAGAAUGUAAAGGUACAUUCACAUGCACUUUAGAAACAGGGAAGCUAGAUACAAAUACUUCAUGAAAUUUGAAAGUUCUGUAUUAUUAGAACCCAAGAACUAUAUAUAUUUGUGGCCUUUUAUCCAGUAUCCACCAGAUUAUUUAGCUUGAGAGUCGGUACCCUGAUAGUCCUGACAUUCUAGUCCUGACAUAUCAACUACCAACAUGAAACUGUCUUGAGUUAUGUAAUAAAGCAAACAGAAAAGUAAAAAAGAAAAAAAAACAAUAUUUUUACCUUGUCAGUACCUGUAUCAAAACCAAAACUACUAAAUACCCAAUGCAUUUCUAAUAUGCAGUGCUCAAAUCAUUAUAAAACUUAAAGGAAAUCAUCAUAUAUUAAUGCUUCAAAAAGAGAAACUGUAAUAAACAAAAUACACUUUGAAUCUACUUAUAUAUUGCCUGAGUAGGUGACUAUGUACUCAUGUUAUGGAGCUGAUUUUAUAGAGCAUUGGAAAUAGAAUCCUAGUGAUACAAAACAUGUAGUUUCAAGAAUUUUCUGUUAGAAUAUAGUCAGCUUACAUUUUUGAAAUCUGUAUGUAUUAUCACAAAGUAUGAGAAUAUUUAUUUUCCAAAGAUAUAGUAUCUAGAAAGGCAUUAACCUGUGAUGCAUUCUUAUGUAGAUUGUGUUUGUGAAAUAUUAUGUAUAAAGACAUAAUCCGGGAUUGUAUGUAAUGACUUAUUCAGCAUGGUAAAAGCUGCUUGUUCAUCAUAACCUUCAAAGAUAUGAGUAUUUGUGCACCUCUAAUUUUUUUUUAUUGCAGAUAAUAUUUUUUUUUACCACUCUGCCUAACGUCCAUCCUUUGGAAGAUGGUAAAUUUAAAUUAGAUUUAGAUAAAUGCAAACAUAUUUUAGAGUUAAUAAUGUAUAGUUUAUAAGAAUCACAUUUGUCUUGAAUUUGAAACAGAAAAGAGAUGAAUUUGAUGGUGAUAAUGAAAAUAUGAUAAAUUUACUCAAAGCAUAAUUAGAAUUCAUACUUUCCAAAAACAAAAGUUCCCUUGUUUCAUCUGCAUGAUGAAUAUCCUUAAAUUUUUCAUCAAAGAUUAAUCCAGCACACUAAAUAGUUUUUAUUGUUAUGGAUACUUAGCAAACAUGAUUGGUACAUUCCAAUGUACAACCACUGCGCAUUAAGACAUUAAGGAUGUCAUUGCAAUAGUCUUGUUUCGGACAAAAAGAAACUCUCAUAAGGGAGACAUUGAAUCUGAAUGGAGAAGAUGAAGGGGUUUGUUGCUUAAAAUGUAAGUUCGGUUUUUGCCACUGCAUCACCACCAAAAUGUGUUUUCAAAAAGAUAUAUCGAUAUCAACAAUGGGUCUUGUAUAAUAAACAGACAAGUUAAGUAAAGUUAUACCUUUUCUGUGUUUAAGAAUAUGUUCAACAUUACUGGUAAUAUAUAAGUGAAUAGUACACAUUUAGUACAAUUGUUGCAGUAAUUUGAUUGAAAUAGACAGUAUGUUUUAAAAUUUAAAUAUAUUUUGUUAAAAGAAAUAUAUGCAUUAUAUGUGAAUUAAUGUGGAUUAGCAGAAGACUGCUCCAUAAAACUAUUGUUAAAGAAAAUAUUUUCUUGAUUACUAAUGCUUUGUUUUCCUUAUUAGUAUGACUCCAUGUUGCUUAUGUGAUUCUAUUGAUGUUUCAGUUAAAAUGCUCUUAUCAAUAAAAUAUAUUGAUGUUU